CUUCUCUUUCCAAGUAUGGUUGCAUGCACUGACCGUGCUGGCCAGAGAACCCCCGUUGCGUUGUACUGGUGACCUUGCCUUGACCGUUGCCGCUGAAGAAGGCACAACGUAAGUCAACGGCCCCAGCAUUGGAAUAUCCCGUUGCUGUCGAGACAUCACAUCAACUCGACUCGACACAAACUCGACCUUAGCUGGCCUCCCCCAGCCCUGCCCCAUCAGUGUCUCCACCCCAGAACAGUGCCGAAGAUUUUCACCAGACACCCCCCUCCAACAUCUACCGUCCUCUUGCUACCUACCCAUCCCACCCCAUCAGAGAUACAAGUAUACAUCUUUCCCUGCAACCUUAAACAUGACCGUUGUCCAUUGAACCUCAUCUUCACUUCUCUGCCUCUUUUGCAUCUCUGACUCUUCGCCGCCACUGCUCGACAACCUCAACAUCGACAUCGAUAUUUACAGAAAGCAGUCGCCCUCUCAUACUACGACCCUGCUUGCCCCUUGGACAAGACGGCCGUCCAGUCAUUGUGUGUUUACAUGCCUUGUUGAUCGCUCAGCAAGCAACAACCACAUAUCUCUUGUGUGUGUGAAGAGGCGCGCUUGGGUCUGGAACAGGACUACAGCGCUCCAGAGAGGCAUGCUCUAAUGUCAACCACGGUAACCUACCCCGUCAUGGCAGAGCUGAAAGAGCCGGCACAUUCCAACUUGUGGUCGAACUAUGGAAGUCCCGUCCAAAUGUCGUCUAGAUUCAACAACAGCCUGGAUUCCGGCCUCGGAGGCCACUCUGCCAACUCACCACAUGCAGGGCGCCCAAGAAGCACCCACCCGAGUGUAGACCACGGCUCGUAUCCCUAUGGUCGUUAUCCUCAGGACGAGUCGGAUGCCUACGAAAGACACUCGCAUCCCAGCCUGUCGUCCCACCACAGCUUCCCCAACCUCAAAAGGCCCUACUCGCAGACCGACCAGCCGCCCUACCAGGAGAUUGUCCAGGACCUGAGGGACGACGGCUCCAAGCUGACCGUCAACCACGACCAUAAGCUGCUCUCCUUCAAGAGGGUGCAGGACAAGCACACCAUCGUCGACCAGCAUGGCCGGAUGCAGCAGCUGGAGCUGUCGGCGCAGCUGCACGGGAUGUUCUUCCUGUCCGAGAUGCCCUCCAACAGCACCGACGGAUCCAUCCUCCAGCCCGAGCUAACCUGCUACCGCCGAAAUCUCUUUCAGAUCAGUGGUUCUCUUAUCACCCCGCGAGGCCAGCUCUCUGUCAUUUCCGAGACGGGCGAGACGGUACCCGUCAACAACACGGAAGUAACCAUCUCCGCAAUCGAGUCGGUCGACGGUCACCCCGUCCGACUCAUCGUUAUCCCCUGGAAGACACCCCCGCCCAACUCGCCGGAAAUCACGCAAAGCCCCGACCAGGAACCCGCGUCGCUCCCCUUAAUCCCUUUCCCAGACGAUGGCACGGAGGCUGAUGGAGAGUACGCUGUAUACCCUAUCGGCUGGCGCCGGUUGCAGUUUAGAAUCGCAACGGCAAACAACGGGCGACGGAAGGAACUACAGCAACACUUUGUGCUUCACCUCAAGGUGGUUGGGACGUUGGCCAGCGGCAGCAAGAUCGUCCUCACCGAAGCAACGACGGCGCCUGUCGUGGUCCGUGGCCGCAGUCCUCGCAAUUUCCAGGCCAGAAAGGAAAUUCCCCUGCUGGGAUCCAGCGCCGGCUCCAGGGGCCAGGCGUUGGUAGAGACUGGACUGGGUAUCGUGGCUGGGCCGUUGGCCAUCAAGCCGCAGGAGGCCAAAGCCAGAGGACUGGACAUGCAGAUGCCCCGGUCCGCCUUCACAUUCAACGCCGGAGGCCCCAAGAUGCCAGGAGCGCCGAUGGGAGCCAUGAGAUCCAAUUCGUAUCCCAACUGGUCGUCCUCAAACCCUGUCUCCAUGUCGCAGCUACCGCCGGCCGGCUCGGGGAGCUACCCAGCGACCACAAUGGGAGCGGAGCCCUAUCACAAAGGUGCGCUUUCAGGCGGGGGGAGCUUCAGCGGAGAAGCCCAAGACUUGCCAUUGCAAACGUCGAUGCCACCGGUGCAGCUUUCGUUGGUGGCAAACGACCAGCAGCAACCACCCAUCAGGGCACAGUACGCCUACGUGCAAAGCACGACUGCUCCACCGCCAUUGUCGGUGUCGGCGACGGCGAUGGCACCAAACUCGGAUCACGCGCUCAAUGUGCCUAGAUACGUGGACAACGCCAGGCCGACCAAGAGCCCGAGGCAUGCUAGCCAGCCAUCGAUUGGCUCCAUGUCCCACCACGAAUCCUCGCCCGAGUACCGAUACGGGUCCUCGUACGGUGCCGUUAGCAACAACCCCAGCGACAUUGCGCCGCCAUCGUACAAGACGGAGGCUCCCACAUCGCAGUCGGGUCCUGCUCGGGACUACUACCCGCCUUCGAGCUCGUGGACGACGACAGCGGGCGAGCCGACGUCGACGGUGGCUUACAGCAACAGCGAGGGAAGGCCAUACGGUUUUGCCGACCAAUACCACAGCGGGGGCUCUGCGCCAACGCCCAAACAGGAACACGGCCCUGCCCCGCCAGGUCCCGGGUCUUACAGUAGCGCCCACCGAGGCUCUUUUGAUGGUAUGAACCAUUAUUCCUGGAAUGGCAAUUAGCUGCGCGAAUAAUACUGGCUGCCAAGUUGCACCAUACGUCUCCAAGAUACAGGGAACGAUAAUAGGUCGGGCCCCGAUGGUGGUGCCCAGGCCGAGAGAAGCAGAGUUUUUUUUCUUUCUUUUUCUUUUUUCUUCUUCUCAUGAGGCCAAAGCUGCUUUCUACCUGCCUGGCACGGCAGUCCUAACCGUGUACUACCUACCAUACCCUCAACAUGGGGCCAGAAGAGCGACUUUGCGGGUUGGGUUUUGAUUUUUUCAGUGUUCAAAGGAGGCAGAGAGGUUUCGCUUCCGAGGCCUGAUGAGGCAUGGACUUUCAACGCCGCCGGCAGAUUCUGCACGUCCAUGACGAGAGGACGUCAACCUCGACCGGCGGCCAAGUCCAGCACUCUUCGGCGUUGGCAUGCCUUUUAUGUUUCCAUGACAGGACCGGGCCCGAACAUAAUUUGGGCAGGCGCAGAUUCAAGAUGGUCGAGUCGGGCGUCGAAAGACGGAGGAGGAGCAUUUUCUGGUGGUGGGGCAUUUCCAGUUCAUACGCAAGACAUCAUUCGACGUCGUCGAGCGCUCUGACCCGGUCUUUGUAUCACCGGCUCCGGGCCGCGCUGCGACCGACAUAUUCCAAGGAGGGAAGGGUUUACUUAACGAUGUAUAUGGUAUCUUUUGGUUACAUUGCCUACCAGGCAUUGGGAGAGGAAAGAAACAAAAGGAAUUGCGGUCGAGUCAGCAUCGCUUUUGUCUCUGAUGCACCAGCGUAGGUGGUGGGUGAAGAGGGGGAGAGAGAGAGAAUAGAAGAACACAACGCGGGGAGACUUGUUGUGUGUCUCAACCUCGAGGAUCGGAUGACGUUGGAUCUGACAGUGGUCUUGGGAAGAGCCUCAUCCCAUCCGAGUGGUUUGGGUUCCGCCACCCAAGCCAGGGAUGGUGGAGGUCUUGGGUCGGUUCGACGGGGACGGAUCCAGACUGUCGGUAACCAUCCGUACCUAGGUACCUAUGGGGCGAUGCUGGUGUUGAGGAACAGAUGGUCUGUUGGUUGGCUGGGCUGGCUUGCCUUUGUUGGUGGUACCGGCGUCCAUACAAUGCUUUGGCGCUCUGUUUGUUUGUUUGUUUGUUUGUUUGUUUGUUUGUGCGUGGAUCCGCACACAUCAUGGGCGGAAACUUUUCUUCCUGCUUUCUCCGUCUUGCUAAGAAAGAGACCGAGUUAUCGGAUGGGGGGAGAGGAAGAGAAUGGACGCAAGGGAGGGAGAGAGUGAGGGAGAGAGAGUGAGGAAGAAGGAAAGACAGGAGAAAAUAGGCCAGAAAAUGCGCAAUCACGCGAAUAAGCAAAUGAAUAAGCAUUCCAGCCCCAGUCCACUCGUCUCCUCUCUGUCUGUGCUAAUAGGGACCACACAAGCUCGUAUUAGGAUACUCUCUCC